GUACUGUUAGAUAGCAGCAGAACAGACUCCUGGGAAUUUCCAGUGCAGUGAGCCACACGGUCAUUUCAUAAUGGAACAAAGCUGCACAUUCUACAGUGUUCGGUAAUGAAGGAAAACCCACUGAAGAAAAAGUUCAACCUGGAAGCAGACACAAAUGAAAAUGUCUCUGGCACUCCGAGCUUUUUGCUUUUUGAACCUGCUGGUCUCAAUCAGAGGUGCCACCAGACUCUAUUUCUUGGGAAUUCGGGAAAUUGAGUGGGAUUACAUCCCGACUGGCAGGAAUGAAAUAACAGGACAAAACUUCACAGAGGACGAGGAAGCUGCUAAUUUCCUCUCCGGAGGUGCAGAUAGGAUAGGCAGAGUUUAUAAGAAAGCAGUGUAUAAACAAUACUCUGACUCCACGUACAGCACUGAAGUGACCCAACCAACUUGGCUCGGGUUCCUGGGCCCGUUGAUCAGAGCUGAAGUGGGGGAUGAGAUCAUCAUUCACCUGAAAAACUUUGCCUUGCGGCCCUACUCCAUCCAUCCGCAUGGCGUCUUCUACAAGAAGGACUCUGAAGGUGCUCUGUACCCAGACCUGAUGUCUGGCAGUGCUAAGCUGGAUGAUGCCGUUCCUCCGGGCGGGUCCCACAAAUACACCUGGAAUGUGAACGUGGACCACGCCCCAACGACUGACGAUCCGAGCUGUCUGACAUGGGCCUACCACUCCCAUGUGGACGCACCCCGAGACAUCGCAUCCGGCCUGAUCGGGGCUCUGCUCACCUGCAAGCCAGGCAUCUUAGAUGGUGUGUCUUUAACUCGUUCCGAUGUGGACAAGGAUUUCCUGUUGAUGUUUAUGAACGUUGAUGAGAACCUGAGCUGGUACCUUGAGGAGAACAUUCAGAGGUUCUGCAGCGAUCCCGGGACCGUGGACCGAGAUGACGAGGCGUUCAGAGACAGCAACAUCAUGCACUCUAUCAACGGCUUCAUGUAUGGAAAUCUACCCGGCUUGGAGAUGUGUGCAGGAAACUCAAUAUCGUGGCAUUUAUUGGGGAUGGGAAGCGAGACAGACGUCCACACGGCCUUCUUUCAUGGACAGGCACUGACUGUGAGACACCAGCGCACAGAUGUGGUCAGUCUAUUUCCAGCCACUUUUGUGACUGCCGAGAUGGUGCCCAGGAACAUUGGGAAAUGGCUUUUGAGCUGCAAUGAACACCUGCCAGCUGGUUUAGGAGCCCUGUUUAAUGUGAAGAAGUGUACCAAGAUGUCUUCAGUUAAUCAUUUAACGGAGAAAGUUCGAAAAUACUUCAUCGCUGCCCAGCAAGUGCUGUGGAAUUAUGGGUCUUCGAGGACCGAGAAAGAUGUUGGGCAGGCUUUGGAAAUGGAUCAUAGCUAUUCUGUUCGUGGUGAGGACAGACUCGGAGGGGUAUAUUGGAAAGCGAAGUAUGUGGAAUAUACCGAUGAAAGAUUUGACACUGAAAAACUCAGGAGCACUUCUGAAGAGCACCUGGGGAUACUUGGCCCAGUGAUAAAGGCGGAAGUCGGGGAUACGAUCUUGGUCACUUUCUUAAACAGAGCGUCCCGAGCUUACAGUAUCCAGCCACAUGGUGUCAUUUACAAGAAAGACUUUGAAGGAACCCGGUACAAUGAUGGGGUUUCGGGAGACGGGGAGUCUGUGGAACCUCUUCGGAAGUUCACUUACGAAUGGACUGUGCCUGAGUAUGCGGGACCGACCCCUAGCGACCCGCCUUGUUUGACCCGGAUGUACUUCUCAGCAGUGGAUCCCGUCAGAGAUACAAACUCAGGCCUGGUAGGGCCGCUGCUCAUCUGCAAAGCUGGCACUCUGACAAGAGGGAACCACCAGAAAGAAGUAGACAAUGAGUUUUUCCUGCUGUUCACAAAGUUUGAUGAGAAUCUAAGCUGGUAUCUGAGACAGAGCCUGAAGCACGCCUCCAUGAACGUCUACGACAUCAAUUUCGAAGACGCUGGGUUCAAGGAAUCCAACGUCAUGAACACGAUCAAUGGCUUCUCUUACAACACCCUGCCGGGGCUGCAGAUGUGCCGGGGGAGCAACGUGUCGUGGCAGCUGCUGGGCCUGGGCAGUCAGGAGGAUAUCCAUGCCAUGGUGUUCCAGGGGAACACCCUCCAGCUCCAUGGCAGACACAGAGACUCGCUCACGCUGCUGCCUCACACCUCCGCAUCGGCUCUGAUGCAGCCAGACAGCAUUGGCAGUUUUGGGAUCAUCUGUCAAACGAGUGGAAUGAAGCAGGAGUACCAGGUUUUCGAGUGUAACAAAGACGAAGCCCCUUCACUGCCGCACUACAGGGUGCAGCCGACGUAUUACCUGGCAGCUGAGGAGAUGGAAUGGGAUUACUCUCCGGACCGGGUCUGGGAGCUGGAGAAAAUGAACAGCUCUGCACAGGACAGUUACGGACACGUCUUUGUUGGCAAAGAGGAGGGUCUGAUUGGGUCAAAGUACCAGAAAGUUGUGUACAGAGAAUAUACAGACGGGACCUUUACAACACGCAGAGCGCGCACAGCUGAGGAGGAGCAUCUGGGGAUACUGGGUCCCCUGAUCCGGGCUGAGGUCGGAGAUAUUAUUUUGAUAGUUUUUAAAAAUAAAGCCUCCCGCAAGUACUCUCUACAUGCACAUGGUGCCCAGGAGACCAACGGAGGCAAUAUCCCUGCUGCUGAACCAGGAGAGAUUAUUACAUACAGAUGGAACAUCCCAGAGAGGUCUGGACCCGGCCCGGCGGACUCUGCUUGUAACGCAUGGGCCUAUUACUCCAUGGUAGACCCAGUAAAGGAUUUGCACAGCGGCUUGAUUGGUCCUUUAAUCACAUGUCGAAAGGGUACCCUUAAUGCUGAAAGAACCAGGAAAGACGUCGACAGAGAAUUCAGCCUCCUCUUUUUAAUUUUUGAUGAGAAUCAGUCCUGGUACCUUGAGAACAAUAUAAAAAUAUACAACAAAAAAGAAAUCAGUGAAAUCAAUCAACAAAAUGAAAGGUUUCGUGAAAGCAAUAAAAUGCAUGCAAUAAAUGGGAAAAUUUAUGGUAAUUUACACGGACUUGCAAUGUAUGAGGGAGAACGGGUAGACUGGUAUCUCCUAGGAAUGGGACAAGAGAUUGACAUGCACACAGUCCACUUUCAUGCUGAGAGCUUUACAUAUAUGGAUGGGACACCCCACCGGGCAGAUGUGUUUGAUUUGUUCCCGGCCACCUUCCAGACGAUCGAGAUGACCGUCAGCAACCCGGGCACCUGGCUGCUUCACUGCCAUGUGACCGAUCACAUCCACGCAGGCAUGGAGACCACGUACACUGUGCACCCCAAGAGAGAGCUUGUGAUUGACACAUUCAGCAUUUCAGUUGCAGACCCAGGGCAGGGGGAGAUCUCGCUGUUUGGGAUGAUCUUGUCAAACGAUGAAGCAGAGCACGCGCUGACCGGCACGUUGGUUGGAGGCAUUAUUCUUCUUCUCAUCUCCCUAGUCCUUGUGGGAGUACUGGCUAUCGUCUCAAGAAAGAAGAAGCGAAAGAGGAGCUACCUUGUACCCCAUUCCUUACUCCUGUCGUAGUGAAAUUAAAUAACCAAUGUUGAUACAGUACAUUUUAUAUUUUUAUUGAAAUCUAAACAGAUGGUAAAAUCAAAGGACUUGAAUUUUCCAGCAUUUGUUACAGGCACUCUCUGGAGUUCCAUCUGCUGAAGCCAGCGAGCGCUGAUUGAUUCCCCAGAUGCACGAAGGACUGAGAACAAGAUGUCAGUACUGUCUUGAUAUCUUUUUUCAGUUCGUUCGUGUCUGCAUCCUCAUAUUUAUGGGAAUUCAUCCUUUCUGCCUCGGGCAAUGUUAGGUCGAUGCGAGCUGCUGUGUGAUGGUCUGAUUUAUUGCGUCCCAGUUGUUCUGUUGGCAUGAUGUUAAUCUCGCAGCACAGAUGUAGCAUGUAACAUCUUUCUAUUGUUUGAACAAUGAGACGGAGUACAGACUGGAAAUCACUCUCCCUAGCCACUGUUACCGGCUCUUUAAUUUUUUAUUCUUGAUGUGUUUUUUUUGUUUUUUUUCCUAAUGGAUUUUACCAAUACCAAGUCCUACAGUACAGUACCUUAGUCGAUUUGAAUCAGGUUUUAAAGCAAACACUCACACACAAAAACACGCCCACACAAAUACUCACACACAAACACACGCCCACACAAACACACAUCCACACAAACACUCAUGGUCUUUACUCUCCAGGGUGGAUAAUACGUGAAGAAUUUUGUGCUGUGUUCAUUAAAUUACUGCAUGCUUUCAUUACGUUUGAACACUGAAUAUAAUAGAGAAAAUGUCCUCCAUGUCUGAUUCAAACAGUUCAGUGGUGCCGUGUAUAGGAUUUAAUUAGGUAGCAGUUAACAGCAGUGUUACCUAUCUGAAGGGGCACACCUCUGUCAUCUCAUUGUCUUCCAAUCAAUGCCUGAUCACUGUGCGACCCAGUCCAGGAGAAUCUCAGUAAGCCCAUGCUUCGAUUUGCUUAUUGAUAUAAUAUCAACCAAAACCUACCACUGACUGACAAGACAUGUAGGGAGCAUGGCAAAGAACACAGAACAAUACUAAAAGUCUGUUAAAGGUUUUAUACAGUGAAUGGCCUGCUGUUCUACCGACCUGCUGCAAGGUUUUUUGUUGCUACAGUAGAGAGGACAAUCAUGCCUGAUGAAUAUUAGGUCACAUACAGUAAUAUGAUAUCACUCUAUAAGGAAAUGUCUUUUCAGACUUGCUUUCCUGCUCAAUAACAGUAUUGUGUGGGAAUAAUAAGCGCUUAUGAAGUGUGAGUAGAAUACAUCGGUCCAGAUGCGGUUUUAUAUGAAGGGGAGCUUCACAAAUGACAGAUGUAGGUCAAUCCAACAUAUUCAUAAGUAGGAAAAACUUUACCUUUGUAGAUUAUUACGGGAUUCAGGCUUGAACUAAUUGGAAAGCACUGACCCUGAACUGCGUGACUGGAAUUUGUAAUAACAUUGUAUGUUCUAGUUCUUCCUUCUACAGAACGCAUGAUAAAAAUAGGAAUGGAUUUUCAAUCAAAGACUGAUAGCAUCAGUUCCUUUUUGAAAUCCGAUUUGUGCCCAACCGUAUCAAUUAGGUUAAUAGGAAACACAGCCUGUAGCACUUUGGUGCUGUUUCUGCCCUUUUAAGAAUAUUUUAUCUCUCAUUAAAGUCUACAAAAUAUAUUUUCUAUGUCCCUUCCUUUCAAUUAAAUGUGUUUUCCCAGUCACUCUUAAUGGCACAUCUGAUUACUGUAGUGUUGCACUUAGUGCUGUGAUGUAAAUGAUAAAAGCAACAUGUUUAUUUGAAGAGUUCAGUAAUGCUUUCAUAUUUUAUUUCUUGUUAGCUGGAAAGAGGCUUCAACUGUCAUGUUCCUUAUAGUUUUUACAUGAUCAUUUAUUAUUGGGUGUCUGUGGUUAAUGGAUGAAUUCAUUCAAAACUAUUUUUUCUAUUUAUUUAUUCAUUCUUAAAGCAGGAAUAAACCCAUUGAGACAGAUGCCUCGGUUACAAGUGUGUCCUGGCAAGAUGACCAGAAACAGACAGCAGUAAUUUCACAUCACUAAAAAACACUCUAAAAAACCCCAAUAUCAAUCAAUCUGAGAUCAGAAACAUUUACACUUCAAUAAUUCAUGGAACCGACUCAUUAAAAUCCAUGUAAUCUGAGUCGUUGUUCUACUUUUAACUGACACUAUUGUGUUAUUUAUCUGAUGCAACUAGUCCCAACCGGCUGUGUGAUUACAGAGUCAGCUGGUCACUUUGCACUGACGAUCAGGAAAAAAUAAAUUGCAUAAAGAGCCAGGCAGCUGAGCACUGUAGCAUUAUCUUCAUCACGGGGAUGGGCUGAGAAUGGGUUAGAGACAGCAGUGCUGCAAAAUCACAAGGUCACACAAAAUUGAUGCCACCUCCCUAGAGAAGCCGAGUGUCUGUGUGGAAAUGCCUUGUAGUCACGUCAUUGUAAUAUUAUCACAAAGAGGGAAGUCAAAGUAUGUGUUACGAAGGCAAAUAGAAUUUCUUUAUUAGAUGAUACAAAGCUUUAUAUUAGUUCUGUGUAAUUAUUCCUUGUUAAUAAAUAUCCAAGCCCUUAAUAAAACAUUUAAAGAUGUGUAUACAGUAAAGGGAUUUGUUCCUCCGCUACAGCAGCAGCAGAUAUAUCCAAGUGAAUUAAUCACCGCUCUGAAUGAAAAACACAUAUUUGGGUUGAAAUCACUUAGAAAAAAAACCAACAAAACUUUCAUUUGAUUUUUAAAGAUUGCAUGCUGGGUGAUAAGUAUGAUUUUUUACCAAAUCUAAUAAAAAAGGAGCAAAACUCAUUAUCUUGUAAUUAAACUGUUAGAUUCCCCCUUGCGUAAUGUAAUCAGUAUUGCAGCAGCCCCCAGAGAACAGGAAGUCUCGUGGUAUCAUUGUUAAAGCGUGACUGACGCACACUGAGCUGCUCUGGUUUCCUCAAUACCAGGCUUAGAAUUUAACAAUUUCAAAACUGCGUGCUUACUGGCAACACUUCACUUUAGGAUCCCAUCACAUUCGGUACCUCAGAGGAGAGUAAAAAAACCCUCUUGAAGGUUUGCUUAUACACGUACGUCUCUGUCUAGCUGUCUGCAAAUUGAGCAGACUUCCCACAGUAGCAUGCAUCCAUUCUAAUCGGAACAAAUUCGAUGUAAACCCCUGAGAUAGACUGUAAUAAACUUAACACAGUCCCAAGAAAAUAUGCAGUGAUGUUGCAGGCUUUGCCAUGCAUUUGCUAUGCUUAUAUCAUGUGUUUCACAUUCCUUACCAAAGUUAACCAUGUUUUUUUCACAUUGCUUUAUCAUACAUCAUAAUUCGUGAUGGGAAGUGUUUCAAGUUAUUGGCAUGUGGUAUACACCUGGUAUUCCCACUGGCAUCACUUUGCCAGGUUGAUCUAAGGAAAACAGGGUAAUAUUCAGACUUAAUUGCAGCUGAAUUUUAAGUUGCUGGCAAUAUGGCUUCGGGAUCAUUGUUUUCCGAAGUAAAAGGUACUGUAUUAGGAUGAGAGGGUGAGAGUUAAAGAUCCUGAACUGUCGAGUGUCAUAUGGUCCCCCUAAUCCCGGCCAACUGGGCUUGUUGAUUUAAAAAGGUCACGCACCAUAAUGUGCCCAUUUUCUUUCUUUUCCCAGUGCUAUCCUGUCACAGGUUGACAUCAUUAUAACAUGAAGUUGUGUCUUGCCACAACAAAUGCAAUUAGUCUUGAGUCUUGUAUGUGACACACUCUUCUGAACCAUAAAGAUAUAGGAUGUCUAAAUAAGGACAGAGCCCCUGCUCUUCAUUCCUUCAGAACUCCAUUGCAGAGCUUUUAAAAGAGAGACAUCUCACAAAAUGUAGAAAAAAAUAGUAAAGAUGUAAAAAAGCACGUAACCAUACAGUGAAUUAAAUGUAUGUAUUCGGCUACUUUUUUUUUUUUUUUUUCAUUAACCAGUGGACUAAAUUGCCUGCUGUGUAUUUAAUCCACAUCAGCCCUAGUCCAAUCAAAAAGCCAAUAAUGGGGUUUGAUGCCCAACAAAGAUGGCAAUUUAAUCUUAUUGAUUUUGCUCAAGUUUGCAAGGGAUCAGCCAGUGAAGGGGUGGAGGUCUGGUUCUGUAAACCAUCUAGACUAAGUACUGCUCCCUUUGAGUUCUUGCUGGAUAAUCACAAUGCUAGGCUGUGAGGGAUGUCUUAAUUAACCUUUGGUGACUUGAGAAAGACGCCAAACAAAAGGCCUUGGUGAAUUGUUUGACAAACAAACACAUACAGAAUGAAGCAGGCCCCUAGUCAUUUAUUUCCACAUUUAAAACAUGAUAGAUUGAUAUUUGCAUGUGAUUGGAACAUUAAACUCUCCAUUGACAAGGUGAACAAGGCAGACGUCUGCCAUGAAAAACGAUUGCACUGCUAUGAAACGAAGGCUGCAAUGACUGUAAUUACACUGAAAUAUCUGCCUUUGCGCCCUCCCUCUUAACAAUAUUAAACAAAGAAGCAAAACACGGCUCUCUGUUGAAUGGAAUUGACGAGUCUGUGGUCCCUAAAGAGUCCUUUACACACCACUGCUGUAAAAACAUUGUCUCUGUAAUAAUGGUGCUUCAUUGAUUAACCCUACUGACGAAACAUUUAAGUGAUGUACAGUAAGUGUGUAUCUGUCAUGCACAAUAAAUAAAGCUACCAAUUUGAAACUUGUUAUUGAA